UCCAGCGUUUCUGGGAUUUUGUGACCCCGCCUGCUGCCGCCGAGCCGCUUCAUCCUUGUUUCUAUUUCUUCUGCGCCAUGAACGGGCAACUGAAUGGCUUCCAUGAGGUGUUCAUCGAGGAGGGCACGUUCCUCUUCACCUCUGAGUCCGUGGGCGAGGGGCACCCAGAUAAAAUCUGUGACCAAAUCAGUGAUGCCGUGCUGGAUGCUCACCUCAAGCAGGACCCUGAUGCCAAGGUGGCAUGCGAAACGGUGGCCAAAACAGGGAUGAUCCUGCUGGCAGGGGAGAUCACCUCCAGGGCUGCUGUCGACUACCAGAAGGUGGUGAGGGACACCAUCAAGCACAUCGGUUAUGAUGACUCCUCCAAAGGCUUUGACUACAAGACCUGCAACGUGCUGGUGGCCCUGGAGCAGCAGUCCCCUGACAUCGCCCAGGGUGUCCACCUGGAUCGCAGCGAGGAGGACAUUGGUGCUGGGGACCAGGGCCUGAUGUUCGGCUAUGCCACAGACGAGACGGAGGAGUGCAUGCCCCUGACCAUCGUCCUGGCACACAAGCUCAACGCCAAGCUGGCCGAGCUGCGCCGCAACGGCACCUUGGCCUGGCUGCGGCCCGACUCCAAGACCCAGGUGACGGUGCAGUACAUGCAGGACCGCGGCGCCGUCAUCCCCAUCCGCGUGCACACCAUCGUCAUCUCGGUGCAGCACGAUGAGGAGGUCUGCCUGGACGAGAUGAGAGACGCCCUGAAGGAGAAGGUCAUCAAGGCAGUGGUGCCAGCCAAGUACCUGGACGAGGACACCAUCUACCACCUGCAGCCCAGCGGCCGCUUCGUCAUUGGCGGCCCCCAGGGUGACGCAGGCCUGACCGGCCGCAAGAUCAUUGUGGACACCUAUGGGGGGUGGGGGGCGCACGGGGGCGGAGCCUUCUCGGGCAAGGACUACACCAAGGUCGAUCGCUCGGCCGCCUACGCCGCGCGCUGGGUCGCCAAGUCCCUCAUCAAGGCUGGGCUGUGCCGCAGGGUGCUGGUGCAGGUCUCCUAUGCCAUUGGUGUCUCCCACCCCCUUUCCAUCUCCAUCUUCCACUACGGCACCUCGCAGAAGAGCGAGAGGGAGCUGCUGGAGAUCGUCAAGAAGAACUUCGACCUGCGCCCAGGGGUCAUCGUCAGGGAUCUGGAUCUGAAGAAACCCCUUUAUCAGAGGACUGCAGCUUAUGGCCACUUUGGCAGGGACAGUUUCCCAUGGGAAGUUCCCAAAAAGCUAAAAUAUUAAGGAAAAAAAAAAAGAAAAAUCCCUAAAAUCCUACAUUUUUGUCAGGCCCUUACCCCCAUCCCAACUGAGUGUAGGCUACAGAGAAGCUCAUUGGGCUCUGGGCUUAAGAGUCCUUCCCCUGCCCCUCCCCUCCCCCAACCUUUAAACUUAAUCCUAUGUCCCCCCCACCCUCACCUCCUCUUUCCUCCUCCUCCUCCUCCUUUCUUUCUCUUUUUCUCUCAGCAUCAUUUGGGCUGUGUGGGGACCGCCCCCUCACCCUCCCAACUGCUUUUAAACUCUCUCAAGUGUGAGGUCUGAGCUCAGAGAUGGCAAAACAAAAGGACCCCCCCCAAAAAAAAAAACUUCAUCACUGGGGUCGUGGCCUCUCCCCUGUGACCCCCAGUGAGGGUCGGGGGGAGGCCACGACCCCAAUAAUGAAGUUCCAACCCCCCCCUCCAAAACUCCCUCACUUGGUGCUGGUUCAAACCUCUCUGAGGAUGCACAUUUGGGGGUGUGGGUGAAAUACAUUACCCCCCCCACACACCUCCCCCCACUCCUGAAUGUGGAGGCAAAAUGGUUUUGGUCUUUGUUUUUUUUUUUUUUCCUUCUUUGUAAGAAAGCUGAAGGUUGACCCCAAAACUGCACAACUUCUCCCUUCCCCCCUCUUAAACUGGUAGCUGGGGGGGGGGAAACCAAGGGGAAA